AUGAAUACGAAAAGAAAUAAAUUAUUUCAAAUAACAAUUGUUUUCUUGUUAAUAAGAAAUUUAAUAUUUGCUAAAAAGCUUCGUCAUUAUUAUCAUUUAACACUAUCAGUUCGUAAUCAUAAUAUAACUGAUGCUAAAUUUUUCCGACUCUAUGGUGCCGGUCAUACAAUUGAUUUUAAUCUUGCACCUGGAAAUAUUUUCACAAAGACAUAUCAGGUUUGGAAAAAAGGUUUUUGGACAUUAAUUGUUGAAUUCCCAGGUGAUCGAUAUUCGAAAUCACCAAAGAAAAUCAUUUCACGUGAUUCCUAUAAUCAUUGGGUAAACAGAAUUUUUCUCAAUUCAAUUUUAAAUUUGAUGAAAUUCCGAAAAAAAAAAACGAUUAACUAA